CCUCCAAAUAUUCUCAACACCAGAGGAUUGCCAGCAACCCCCUCCAACCCCCCCUCUCUCUUUCUCUCUCUAUAUAAUAUUAUCUCUCUCUCUCUCCCCCUCCUCAUCACCACCAUAGCUAAAAAUUCCAUUUUUUUUUCUAUUGAUAAAGAGUUUGGAUGAGAGGGAGAGGGGAAUAACCAUAGAAAGAGAAAAAGGAACCAGAGGGAGGGAGGGAGGGAGGUAGAGAGAGGAAGAGGGGUUAGAGAGAGAGAGCAAAUCCUCUUGUUCCAUUGCUAUCCCAUUAUAUAAAUCCAUUCAUAGAUCUUAGUUUUUCCCAAUUUGUCAUCUUGGGACCCCCUCCCACUCACUCCCAAAUGGAGUAUCUGUAGGAUCGGAUGUUCCUGACUUGAGAAUUUCAAAAGUUCUUGCCCACCCCACCACCCCAGUUUUGGCCAUUGGAGCACCCAUCCGAUUCUGUCAGGAAUUUCGGAAAUGCGAUUUGCGGGAUUCGUGAGGUGAUGUGAAAUGUUUGGUGACAGAGAGGAGAUGGAAUCAGAUCUCGGGAAGCUCUUCAUCGGUGGGAUUUCGUGGGACACGGAUGAGGAGCGGCUCAAGGAGUAUUUCGGGAACUAUGGGGAGGUCGUGGAGGCGGUGAUCAUGAAGGAUCGGGUCACCGGCAGGGCCCGGGGGUUCGGUUUCGUGGUCUUUGCAGAUCCUGCGGUCGCCGAGAGAGUCACCCGAGAUAAGCACAUGAUUGAUGGUCGCUCGGUUGAAGCGAAGAAAGCUGUUCCUCGGGAAGAUCAGCAUCUUCUGAACAGGGGUCCCUCUAGCAUCCCGGGCUCCCCCAGUCCCGGACGAACCAAGAAGAUCUUUGUUGGCGGGUUGGCUUCUAAUGUUACCGAGAGUGACUUCAAGAAGUACUUUGACCAGUUUGGUACUAUCACAGAUGUAGUAGUAAUGUAUGAUCACAACACACAGAGGCCGAGAGGUUUCGGUUUCAUCACUUAUGAUUCAGAAGAUGCAGUGGACAGAGUUUUGCUCAGAACCUUUCACGACCUCAAUGGAAAAAUGGUUGAGGUCAAGAGGGCCGUACCCAAGGAGCUCUCACCGGGCCCGAGCAGGAGCCCCAUCAUUGGGUACAAUUACAAUUUGGGUAGUAGUAGGGUCAAUAAUUUUCUCAAUAGUUAUGCUCCAGGUUAUAAUAUGGCCUCAAUUGGAGGAUACAGGGUUCGCAUGGAUGGUGGCUUGAACCCCAUUGCCACGGCCCGAGGUGGCUCCUCACCUUUCAAUGGCUCUGGCCAUGGAAUGGGAAUGAAUUUGGACCAGGGCCUUGGUCCGAGCUUCACCGGCAGUGCAAACCUAGUAAAUACCUUAGGAUAUGGUAGAGUCACUAGCCCAUUCUACAAUAGCAAUUCAGGAAGGUUUAGCAAUCCUAUCGGGUAUCAGGGGGAGAACAGGAGGAAUGAUUCAGGCCUAAGCCCUAACUUUCGAAGUUUGUGGGGAAAUGGCAGCAUCGGUAACAGUGCAGGCCCAGUAAACCUCGGUGCUUACUUGAGUACUGGGGGUGGAAGCUUUGGGGUUUCGUUUGGAAACACAGGAUCGAACUGGAACCCUUCUCCUAUUCAAUCUUCUCAGGGUGGAGGAACUGGUUUGAGCUACCCGACUGGGAAUGCUGGGUUCGGAAGUGGAGGGGGUAAUACUUUUGGAUUUGGAGGAGAAGGAAAUGGAAGGAAAUCAUCGGGCAGUUUUGUGGGCUCAAAUUCCUCGUUUUCUGGGAACCCUGGCAAUUUCGAGGAGAGCUAUAGCGAAUUGUACCGGGAAGGUUCAGGCUAUGGUGGCUCGAAUUGGCUUUCUUCUGCUCCUGAGGUGAACACUUCAGGAAGUUUUAGUUAUGGGCUUGGCAACAUCGGUUCAGAUGUUGGAAGCAGAAACUCGGGAAGCUUUGUUGGAAGUUAUACUUCUACAGGUAGAGAAUCAAAUAGAGGAAUUGCUGCUUAGGAGAGACUAUUGUUUGCAAAAUCACAGGGUAAUUCUUAGGAGAAGAUGGGUAUGUUCAAGCAGGGCAGAGGAUUUGUGCAAUUCAUACUCCUACGCCAUUUAGCUACUUCUCGGCUUUACAAGAAUCAUUGUUCAUGUAGUUCUAACAGAGUUCUUGAUUUCGGGUCCCACAAUACUCAAGAGAGCAGGACCGGUUACAGAAAAAGACUCUACAUGAGGUCAGAUAAUGAAUGUUUUCCUUCCUUCUUUGUUUUUCCCUCGCGAGGCAUUUCAUAGGAAUAUAACUCGGUUUGUGCAACUUAUACAUGCGGUCGGUUUGAUCUGAUCUACAUGAGGCAUACCAGUCAAAUAGGGUGUUAAAUAUUUUUGAUUACUUUUUUUUGGAUAUCUUUUCUAUUUUCGUUUUGUAUCUUUCAUUGCUGUAAUUUCUCGGCAAUGCUCAGUAAUCAAUAUUUCUUGUCUGUAAUUCUUCGCCCUUUGUAUGUUGGGGUCGGUCGUUACCAGAUUGUAUGAGACAUUCGGCUUAAUUUACAUUGUGUGAAAAACGAGAAGGGGGGUGCAUUCUAGGAUCCCCGUCAAAUAAUUUCUUGUUAGAGCAUUCUUCGUUCUACUUGCUGCUAAAACUGUCUUGUAUACUGAAGUGCAGCUCUAUUCAUUUGAGUUCCGGUUUAUACCUUUA